UGAAGAUUUAAAUUUUUAUGAGUGUUACCCACUUUUCCAAAAUUCCCGAUGUGCCCGAACGAAACUCUUCUCACUCCCGUGCGGUCACCAAGAUCGAACAGUCGGUUUCGGAAUUUCCAGUUUAAAUGAUCGUGUGCAAGGUGUAUUGUCGGGAGUUUUUUCGGAAAUUUCAAAAUUUAUUUUGGACUUUCCUCGGCACUGGGAUUUUGAUAUGCCAAAAAUAAAAAUAUGAAUACGAUGUUGUGAUAAUAAAUUAGUUUUUUUAUAAUAUUUUGAAACAAUUAUAGAUAAUAUUUAAGUGUUUUCUGUGAUAUUAGUGGUGAAAUUUAGGGUAGAAGUCGCAAUGGAUAUGAAGAAAUAUAGAAUGAGUCAGGCACAGAGUGCAGAACCAGGUUACAUAAAUCAGCCUUUCAGGAACGCGGAAUUACCAGAAGGAGCUACGGUGCCUUCGCCUGUUACGCCCACCCAAAACACAGCAACGCCCGCGCAAAUUAAAAAGAACGCUUAUGUUAGAAUAAUAGAACAACCUGCCCCGAAAGCUUUAAGAUUCCGUUAUGAGUGCGAAGGUAGAUCAGCUGGCUCAAUCCCUGGCAUAAGCAGUACGCCAGAAUACAGGACGUUUCCUUCGAUCCAGGUUGUGGGCUAUAAAGGACGAGCGCUGGUUGUAGUUUCGUGCGUUUCUAAAGAUAAACCGUACAGACCUCACCCCCACAAUUUAGUCGGAAAAGAUUGGUGUACAAAAGGUGUGUGCACAGCAAAAAUUGAAGAAGCUAACGACAUGACAAUCACUUUCAACAACUUAGGUGUGCAAUGCGUCAAAAAGAAAGACAUCAAACAAUCUCUCAAACUACGAGAAGACAUCAACGUAGAUCCGUUUAGAACUGGGUUUUCUCACGCUUCCGAACCUAGCAGUAUAGAUUUGAACGCCGUGCGUUUAUGUUUCCAAGUCAUCCUCGAGGGCGAUGCCCAUGGUAAAUUUACGAUCCCUUUACGUCCAGUUGUCUCUGAGCCUAUUUAUGACAAGAAAUCAACAUCAGAUUUAGUUAUAUGUGAACUCAGCCAAUGCACGGCGUCCGCGGCGGGAGGCCAGAAAAUAAUUCUAUUAUGCGAAAAGGUGAACAAAGAUGAUAUUACCGUGAGAUUUUUUGAAGAGCAGGAUGGUUUAGUUUGCUGGGAAGACUAUGGCUAUUUUAAAUUUAGCAACGUGCACAAACAAACUGCCAUUUCUUUCAGAACGCCAUCUUACAAAAAUCAAGAUAUUGAAAAACCAGUAAAGGCAUUUAUCCAACUAAGAAGACCAUCAGACGGUGCGGUUAGUGAGCCUUUAGCAUUCCAGUUUGCCCCCACUAAUAUUGAUUCCAGCCAACCUGCCUCGAAAAAAGCACGAAUGACCACUGACGCAGGACAUCUGCUCAAACAGCUUCAAAAACAUGGCGACGAAAAUAAUUUAAAUGUUCAAACCAAGAAGGAAGAAAACAUGAUGAACAUACCCGUUGAAGAAAAUCAGCAUGGUCAUCAUCCAAUGCAUAUGAUGCAAGAGCCCCUGAAUCUUGGUCGAAAUGAUGCCUCCUCCUGUUGCAGAAGCCCCGGCCCCGAGUUCUUUCUACCAGGAUUGGCGCACGCUCGGGCCGACGUCGCACUACCGCUAUCCUACGCCCUACGACAUUACCCCCUGCCCCCGAUACCAUGCUCCUGCUGCGCCUUAUACCCAAUCUAUCUACCACGGCAGCCAGUAUCAAUGGCCGCGCACUACGGACCGCCUAGACAUUCUUAAGGAUCGCCAAACACCGGUUGCCAAUCAGCACCAGGCGUCGGAGAAAGCUGCAGACAUGUACUCCCUACAAAACCAAAAUAUGUCGCAGUACCAUCAACAACAACAGUCGAACUACUACUAC